AUGAAGAACAAUCCAAUGUUGAAGAUUAACGAUGUUCCGACCAAAACACUUCGUACACCAGAAAGACGACUUUCUGCACGAGUGAUGAAAACUAGCACAAAUCCACACAUCUCUUUGCCUACCAGCGAUAAAUAUUGCCAAUUCCAUGAAAUGGACCGUCACAGCCUGUUAGAUUGCAGAUCGUUUAAAGCAGUACCUAUAGAUGAGAGGAACGACUUAAUCAAGCGUUGGAACCUAUGCUUUCGUUGUUGUUUGGGGUCCCAUAGAGCAAGAGACUGCUCUACAGAAACCAAGUGUGAGAAAUGCGGUAGCUCUAAGCACAUCUCGCUGCUAUGUAUAAACAGCCAAACCGAGCAAGCACCAGCGAAUCAUGGCGAGGAGGACAAGCAGAAGCCUCAAGAGGUUACAAGCACAUGUACUGCAAUAUGUGGAAAGUAUGUUAGUGGGCGCUCUUGCGCCAAGAUCGUGCUGGCAAAGGUAUAUCUCAGACAUCGCCCACACGAUUCAACCAUGGUAUAUGUUGUACUAGACGACCAGUCGAAUGCCUCACUGGUAAAAUCUGAGCUAGCAGAUCGAUUUGGACCCGAAAUUCAACCAACUAAUUACUCAUUAUCGACAUGCAGUAAGAAGAAUAAGCUUUGCAAGGGAAGACGAAUCGCAGAUUUGAUGAUAGAGUCGAAGGAUCGUAAUAUUAUGAAACUACCAAUGCUAAUAGAAUGCAAUAGUAUCCCCGGACGUAAAUCCCAACACCAGAUAUCGCUUCACACUACGCUCACCUUGUAG